AAUAUCUCAGGCCAAAAAGUUGACGGGACCGACACGCUGCAACCAACCGCCAAGAUGAGCACCGAAACAGGAGUCAAGACACAGUCGACGUUCGACAUUGUAGCGACAUACCGCCGCAUCCUCAAAGAUGAUCCAGAACUCACCAUGCCCGUCGCGGCCAUCGAGGCGCUCGUAGAAGCCAUCGCCCAAAGCUCCGUCUCAACCGUCGCAGAGACGCUCGACCUGCUCGAACGCCACACCGCCGCCCUCAAGGCCUCGAUCGCGAAUCCAAUCUCCCUCUCCGCCGGCACCGAUCUCUUCCAGCGCUACCUCAUCACCACGCUCAACCGCCCCGCGAGUCUGAACCUCGGCCCUGACGACGACUUCCGCGCGAUACGCAACCACCUCCUCUCCAACGGCAAGCUGUUUGUGGACCGCGCGAAACAGAGCAGGGAGAAGAUUGCAAGCUUCGGCAAGCACUUCAUCCGGGACGGCGGCACGGUGCUCACAAAUGGAGGAUCGCGAGUAGUGGGUGCGCUACUGCGAAGGGCUGCUGAGUCGAGCACUCUGCGCUUCAAGGUCAUAUACGUCCUGCCCUCGUCAAGCUCGUCCGACGCAAAAGAGGGCCUUCAGACUGUCGCCGAUCUCCGAGAGCACAACGUGCCAGUAGCUACGAUUCCAGAUUCGGCCGUCGCCUACUCACUGGGCAAGGUCGACAUGGUCAUUGUCGGAGCCGAAGGCGUCGUCGAGAACGGUGGUAUCAUAUCGCGCAUGGGCACAUACCAGUUGGGCGUACUGGCCAAGAGUAAAGGAAAGCCCUUCUACGUCGUCGCCGAGAGUCACAAAUUCGUUAGGCUAUAUCCACUCAGCCAGUUCGAUCUGCCCAUUGAGCAGAAAGUACUCGACUUCAAGGUCGCAGAAGAACACAAGGAGGAACACAAGCCCAAGAGCGACGAAGAGCAACGGAAUGUCUUUGACGAAGCCAUCGCAGACAUGACUGCGAAGCAGGGGUCGACCGUCGCUCCGCUUGACGCUCAUGACGCUGUCGACUUUACGCCACCCGACCUCAUUUCUGGCAUCAUCACCGAGUCUGGCGUUCUCACUCCGUCUGCCGUGUCAGAGGAGCUGAUCAAGAUAUGGUUUUGAGCCCUCCCUGAGCAUCAACUCCUCAUCCCACACCAAAUACAAGUCCUCUAUCGCGACGCACGCACCGGACAUACACGCGUCUGAUGGAUGCUCACAUCCGUGAUAGGAAUUAUGUGGAAAGCGAAUCUGUGACUCUGCAACCUUCACGCCUUCGCUGUAACCGGCGCAUUACGUCUUGAGACUGCGGACCGCGCGUUGCAAGAUAUCGCGCGCCUCAAAGCCUCGCUUCAGAGCGUCUAGAAA